UUCAAAAUAUGAUAUCAUCCGUUUCCAUGCUGCUAUUCUAGUCAUCGUCUUCGGUUGGUCAGGGAGACCGGAGACAAAACACGGGUAGAGAGCUGCUAUUCUAGUCAUCGUCUUCGGUUGGUCAGGGAGACAAAUCACGGGUAAAGAGAUUGAUUAGAUUAUAAUACAAAGAAGUCACAGCUGUUAUUGCCAAGAUCAAAUUCCAGAGGGCAAAGGAUGUAUCAUCCUUCUAGAGGCGGUGUACGAGGCGGUCGAGAUCAUGGGAGUUCUUAAACCCUUGGUUGGAUGAUCAUCGACCACUUGAUGAUCUAUAGCUGAAGCUCAAUAUUGUCUAUUUUUUGAGUUUAUUGGUGCAAGGUUAUUUUUAAUCUACGAGAAUUCAAAUGGGAUGAUGUCAAAGUUGAUAAGCACCGUGAGAACUACCUUGGUCACAGCAUCAUGGCUCCUGUGGGGAGAUGGCAGAAAGGGAAGGAUUUACAUUGGUAUACUAGGGAUAAGAAAGCUGCUGCCCUAAAUUCAGAGGCAGCAAAGGAGGAGAUAAGACGGAUCAAGGAGGAGGAAGAGCAACUUAUGCGUGAGGCUUUAGGUUUAGCUCCUAAGCGUACUAUCCAUCCCCGAGGAAAUCAAAUUGAUAAGCAUGAGUAUGCUGAACUUAUCAAGAGAGGAUCUGCUGCUGAAGAUUUGGGUGCAGGCCAUGCUGAAGCAGCUCAAGUUCAAGGUCUUGGCUUAUACAAGUUGUCAAAAAAUAGGCAAGAAGCCAGUAGUUCUCUACAAGAAAGCUUUAAGGAAAUAUCACCUGAAAGAGAUGAUGAACCCAUGAUCAAACCUACGACAAGGAAUAUGGAAGAGGAUUCCAAGGAGGAUGAACAAAGGACAAAGAGAAAACGGCGUGAAGAGAAGAGGGAGGACAAGGAGAGAAGAUGGGUGAAGCAUGAUAGUAAAAGAUCUCGUGAUAAUGACUACGACAAAUGCAGACACCGAAGGGAGGAGAAGAGAAGGCAUGCUUCUUAAUUCGGUUGAACAUGUAUUAUGCAAUGGCGUUUUUCUAUGUUUGGCUGACAGUUUAGAACUUGGUUAUGUCCCUGAUAAUUCUCUGUUAUCAGUAGCUGCUGGAAGCUACUGUUCUUUGUGGUAUUUUACUGCUGUGGUUUAUUGUUGAUUAUUGUUGGUCUAUGAAUUCACUAGAUUGUCUGAAUGCUGUGAUAGCUAAUUGUUGAACUGUUAACAACCAGUGAAGUUUCAUUUACCAAAUUAUCAAGAAUUUGAUCAUUCUA